AUGAAAAAUUCCAAGUUUCUAAAGGCUCACCUGAAUCCCUUCCAUGCCGACUCGCAAAAUGCUACCACAUCGAUUGUGUUGAGAUCUGAACCUCCGUCUCAUGAAAAAAGAACAGAGCAAGAAACGAACAUUCCACAAGAACAACACCAGGAAGAGGAAAGUAAAGAACAUGAAACGAACAUCCUACAUCUGCCAAGCAAGCCUCAACAACUCCAAAAACCACCGCUUCAGGAAUUCAUAGACAAUACAAAGAAAAUUAUUAAAAAAGAGACAAAUAAACCUCCCCAACUCCGGUCGCCUUUUUCAAGUACUCCCGGCGAAGGACACCCAUCUAAACAUUUGACCCUGGAUCAGAUUUACACAAACCUUGUCGUUGUUCCAGACAGAGCCAAAUAUGAUUUUUCUGGAGGCAGAAGGGAGAAACUGGGAGUUUACACCAGAGCUGGUGAGAAAAACACAACACCUAGAGGGCCGGAGGACAUUCUUAACAACGAAAACAAAAACGUUUUGAUUGUUGGUCGUCCCGGAAUCGGAAAGACACUUUGCUGUACCAAACUCCUCAGAGACUGGGCAUUUAACAAAGUAUUCCAUAAAUCAUCUGAUGUUAAAAUCCAUUUUGAUGCUGCUUUCUUCAUCAAAUUCAGAGCAUUCAACGCGGCACCCGACCUCAGCCUCCGGGAACUGCUCACAUCGUCAGAACAUUCCCCCUCAGAUCACAUGGAUGAUGAAGUCUGGAAUUACAUCCUUGAGAACCCCCAAAGAGUUCUGAUUAUUUUCGAUGGAAUCGAUGAAUUUAAACCUAACUCAAAGAUAGGGGAGGAAAAUUUCGAGCCUCAAUUCAAAAACCGCGUAGAUGAGAAGAUGCCCUUGUAUGCUCUAUACGAGAAGCUUGCGACUGGGAAACUACUCAACGGGGUUGCCGUUUUGACAACCACAAGACCUACAGCUUUGUCAUGCAUCGAGCGUGUUGAUUUCGACAAAGUGUUCGAGAUCCUCGGCUUCUCAUCCGAACAAGUCGAAGAGUACGUAACCAAAUUUGCUGAGGAGGACAAGCAUGCGGGCGAAACAAUAUGGCGACACAUCGGCGGCAACAGGAACAUUCUCUCUCUAUGCUACAUUCCUGCGAGUUGCUUCAUCAUUUGCUCAAGUCUCUUUCAAAUGGUGAAGUUCUAUGGUUCUAAAAGUCUUAGCCUACCUACGAAAUUAACAGAUAUUUACAAGAAAGCCGUGAAAAUCUUUUACUUAAGACACAACGAAGAAUUCCGCGGCAAGAAUUUCACUCGCGAAGAAUUUGAAUCAGACCAAUUGCCCCCUGAAGUGGAAAAGAAAUUCGAGAAACUGGAAAAAAUGGCAUUUGAAGGAAUCAAAGAAGGAAAGCUGGUCUUUGGAGGAAACGAAGUACGCGGAAUGGAAGAAAGCGCUCUCUUUCACCGCUUACCCGACCGCGAAACUGCCUCUCUAAAACGUGAACGACAAUUCUGUUUCAUUCAUUUAACAAUGCAAGAGUUUUUCGCUGCGAGGCACCUGGCAAACAUGAAUGAAACAGAACUGAGGAACUUUGUUUCAAUGAACAUCGAGGACGGCAAAUGGCAGUUGGUUUUUCAGUUUCUAGCAGGACUAAUGAACGAGAAAGAAAAACUACCAAGCGAAAUCAUCACAGACCUUCUUCCUGUGGAAACUGAAGCGAAAAAAAGCCAGCACUACAACGAAGAGUGGACAAAGGAUAUGGAGCCAAGGAAAGUAACUUGUUGGCCGACUAAAGACAAAAAACAUUUAGCUCUGACAUUAUUUAAAUGUACUAACGAAAGUAGUGCGAUGGUGGAAAUAGUUCAGAGAAAACUACAACAAAUCAACUUUAAUUUUGUAAAUUUUAAUGAUUGUCAACUCACACCUGUUGAUUGUGCUUCAGUAGUUACUCUAAUUAAGAAUGUUCAACAAAUUUCACAUUUAGAUUUGGCCUUCAAUAACUUUGGUCCAUUAGGUUGUUUUGAAAUUUGUAAGUUGCUAAAAUGUAGUAAAUCUCAACUGAGCUGGUUAGACCUCACAAGAAAUCAAUUGACAGACGAAGGAGCAGAGUAUUUAGCUGAAGCCAUCAACAACAACAACUGUCAGCUACGCACGUUAUACCUCUACGGAAAUAACAUCUCACACAUUGGAGCACAGCACUUGGCUGAAGCCAUCAACAACAACAACUGUCAGCUGCGCACGUUAAACCUCAGAGAAAAUAACAUCUUAGACAUUGGAGCACAGCACUUGGCUGAAGCCAUCAACAACAACAACUGUCAGCUACGCACGUUAAUCCUCAGAGCAAAUAACAUCUCAGACAUUGGAGCACAGCACUUGGCUGAAGCCAUCAACAACAACAACUGUCAGCUACGCAUGUUAAUCCUCCACAAAAAUAACAUCUCACACAUUGGAGCACAGCACUUUGCUGAAGCCAUCAACAACAACAACUGUCAGCUACACACAUUAAACCUCUCAUUAAAUAACAUCUCAGACAUUGGAGCACAGCACUUGGCUGAAGCCAUCAAGAACAACAACUGUCAGCUACGCAUGUUAUACCUCGCAAGAAAUAAAAUCUCAGACAUUGGAGCACAGCACUUGGCCGAAGCCAUCAACAACAACAACUGUCAGCUACACACGUUAAACCUCUCAAUAAAUAAAAUCUCAGACAUUGGAGCACAGCACUUGGCCGAAGCCAUCAACAACAACAACUGUCAGCUACGCACGUUAAACCUCUCAGUAAAUAACAUCUCAGACAUUGGAGCACAACACUUGGCUGAAGCCAUCAACAACAACAACUGUCUGCUACGCACGUUAUACCUCACAAGAAAUAACAUCACAGAAGCAGGUAAACAACACGCAAAGAAUUUACUUAGCAAUAGUCAGUCUGACUGUCGCCUUAUUAUCUAA